GUUAAAUAUGAUCGAGUCCAUCAGCAGCCGCGGCCGCUCGCCCGGUCAGUCAGUCAUGCCCACCUUCAUCAGCACACGGGCGCGCGCAAGGCGGGCGUGCACGCGCGCAGAGUCCGGCCCGCGCCCUCCCCACCCACUCCAGCGGCCCUCCGCCGCCCGCAGAGCCAAUCACCCGCGGCCGCUGGAAGUAGGACAAGCCGCUUCCUGGUUGCGGGUUUAAGGAGGAGCCGCCGGAGUCCGUCAGGAGCGGGUCAGAACCGGCGCAGAGACACCGGGCAGAUAACAGCCGCUACAGGAGACCCGUGCGCGCGGACGCGUCACAUUGAGGAAGUGCGCGCUCGGUCAGGUGGGACGCAGCGGGGGAAACUCAGGUGACACCGGCUCAGGAUUGACCCAGAGAAAGAGAGACGGACGGACAGAAGAGACAUCUGUGAGUUUAUGGACUGGAGGUGGCAAUGUCUCCAGGAGAGGACGGUCUAAUCGGGAUCCCCUUCCCGGAGCACAGCAAUGAGCUGCUGUCCCGUCUCAACGCGCAACGGCGGACCGGGCUGCUCUGCGACCUCACGCUGACCUCACGCGGCGCACGAUACCCCACACACCGCUCCGUCAUGGCCGCCGUCAGCCUGUACUUCCGGCGUCUGUUCGGUGCGGAGGAGGGCGAGGAUGGAGGCGAGGGCGUGGGCGACAGCUGCAGCGUGUGCCAGCUGGACUGUGUGUCUCCUGACGCGCUGGCCGCGCUGCUGGAGUUCGCCUACACCGCCACGCUGACCAUCCGCAGCUCGGGCAUGAGGGAGGUUCUGAAGGGUGCGCAGCUGCUGGGCAUCCAGUGCGUGGCGGACGCCUGCAGGGACAUUCUGGGCGAGGCGGACGAUGAUCCGACGGACCCCGUGAAGGAGGCGGAGCGGCUGCCGUCUCGACGCAAGCAGGAUCGGUGCUCCGUGGCCCGAGCCGUGUCCCCUGCCAGACCGGUGAGUUUCAUGCCUCCGGCGUCUGAGGACACUCCAGAGUACGGCCUGCUUCCCACGCAAGGGCGAGAAGGAAACCCUCCGCCCGCGGCCGGACAGGCCCACCGAGGGCUGCUAAUGAACGGAGGUGCGCACUGGCCGAAUGAAUCCACCCUGAUCCCAUACAGACCUGAAGACACGCCCUCAGAGGAGGAGGAGUCUGGUGUGCAGGGGCGGGCCACGCCCCACCACAGCCAAUCACAACAGGGGGACGGAGGAGGGGGCGGAGCAGCAGCCGGGAGCGGCAGGAAGAGGAAGUCUCAGACACCACAGCAGUGUCCCGUCUGCCAGAAGAUCAUCCACGGAGCGGGAAAGCUGCCGCGUCACAUGAGAACACACACGGGCGAGAAACCGUUCCAGUGCACGGCCUGCGGCGUCCGCUUCACACGGAACGACAAGCUGAAGAUCCACAUGCGGAAGCACACGGGCGAGCGGCCGUAUCCGUGUCCCAGCUGCCCCGCGCGUUUCCUGCACUCCUACGACCUGAAGAACCAUCUUUCGCUGCACAGCGGCGACCGGCCGUUCGAGUGCCCGCUCUGCCACAAGGCUUUCGCCCGCGAGGACCAUCUGCAGCGGCACCGGAAGGGCCACAGCUGCCUGGAGCUCCGAACGCGCCGGCCGCGCCGCGGAACCGGGCCUGAACCCGGCGGAUCUCCGCCCUCGGAAUCCUUCGGCCUCCAUCAGCAGCAUCCGGAUCACAUGAGCGCCGUCGCGGGGCUCCUCGAGGGCCAUGGCAUUCCCAUGCCGGGUGUCCCGCUGCUGGCCGGCGCCCGGAUGCCCUUCCCGGAGCUGCUGUGGCGGGCGGUCUCGGGGCCGGUGGGAAAAUCCCUGGAUAAAGCCGAAGGAGGCUCGUCUCCGUCCGGGAGCGGCUCGGUCGCACAUAGAACGUGGGAGGAGGAGGAGGAUGAGGAGCAGGAAGCUGCUGGCGAGGAGGAAGAGUGACAUGUGUGUGUGUGUUUGUGUGUGUGUGUGUGUGUUCCAUCAUAUAUCAGCGGUGUAGUCGCAUCAUCUUCUGUUUCUGGUGCUGGUGGAGCUCAUGAAGAAUCACGCAGGGUUUUCGUUUUGUUUGUCAGAUCUGCUUUUUUUUCUGCGGUAUGUGGUUUUGUAUGAAUCCAAAUUGACUGCUUGUGGAGAUUCGUCUUGUUAAUGUUCUGUGAGGUUGACGUUCACGCUAUGCAACAUUCGAACACAUUCGAGUGAUUGAACAAACCUGAUUUAAAAACAAACAACUGAAUGAAUUAAGAAUGCAAAUGAAGCAGCUAGAGGCGGAGAGGGGCGUGGCCUUCCUCUGGACGGGACGUAUCGCCACCUACAGGCACUCAGGAUACCAUGACGGUGAAUCUACUGUAGCUGCUCUUAAAUUUAGCCUUUUCCAAAUAAAAUGAAUUUGGAAUUUUUUUUUCUUCUUCGAAUGAUAGAAUUUUCUUUCAUACCAAAGAAUAUUGGUUAGUUUGGACUUAACUGAAACUAAUUAUAUGUCAGUGAAUUUUUCAGAUAUUUGUAGCCUUUAACAUGUUUUUUCUGUUGUCUUUGAGAGAAAGACUAAAAAUGGACCAGGUCUCAGUUCUCACACAUUUAAAGGGCUUUCAGGACUGUGUUCAAAUGCUCUGAUGGCGCUUGAGAAUCUUAAUCGGACGCAUUUGUUUGAUUUUCGUUUACGUUUGUUCUGUUUUUUUUUUUGUUUGGGAGGAUGAGCUUGAUUUCAUCCUGAAUUUAGAGAACGCAUCUGGUUUUCCUGCGCACUCGUUUUCUUUAAAGAUGGAGACACGGCAGGAUGGAGAAUUCUUUUGUAUACUAUUCUAUUUAUUUAUUUGUCGGUUUGAUAUUUAUUGUGACUUUCCUGGUUGAGGCGCUUUGGUUAUUCUGCAUCAUCUCUUCCUUUCGAAGCUUCCUUCAGUCCGAAUCUUUGAGUUCGGUCGGAGCGACUCCUUGAGUCUUUCAGUUCAGUCGGAGCGACUCCUUGAGUCUUUGAGUUCAAUCAGCGCAACUCCUUUUGUCGGAGCAACUCUUUGAGUCUUUAGUCGGAGCGACUCUUUGAGUCUUUAGUCCGAGCGACUCCUUGAGUCUUUAAGUUCAGUCGGAGCGACUCUUUGAAUCUUUAGUCCAAGCGACUCCUUGAGUCUUUGAGUUCAGUUGGAGCGACUCUUUGAGUCUUGGAGUUCAGUCAAAGUGACUCCUUGAGUCUUUGAGUUCAGUCGGAGCGACUCUUUGAGUCUUUAGUCCAAGCGACUCCUUGAGUCUUUGAGUUCAGUUGGAGCGACUCUUUGAGUCUUGGAGUUCAGUCAAAGUGACUCCUUGAGUCUUUGAGUUUAGUUAGAGUAACUCUUUGAGUCUUUAGUCCAAGCAACUCCUUGAGUCUUUGAGCUCAGCUGGUGUGACUCCUUGAGUCUUGGGUCGCUUCAAGACUCAAGUAGUCGCUCCGACUAAAGAUUCAAGGAGUUGCUCUGAUUGAACAACUCAAGUUUUUAGUUGAAGAGACUCCUUGAGUCUUUGAGUUCAGUCGGAGCGACUCUUUGAGUCUUUAGUCCAGGCGACUCCUUGAGACUUUGAGUUUAGUUAGAGUGACUCUUUGAGUUCAGUCGGAGUGACUCUUUGAGUCUUUAGUCCAAGCGAAUCCUUGAGUCUUUGAGUUCAGUCAGAGCAACUCCUCUGGUCUAGGAUCGGUUCUGCCUUUUUUUCUCGUAAUGGCCUCAGGUAGACGCGACGUGAAGCCUGAUCAGAUGUAACGUGUGCAAACGCACAUAUAACCGCUCAGGUGCUGUAGAGAACUGAGAUUCGACGUCCUCUAUUUGCAAGUUUUGCACAUUGAAUUUCUGAUUAAAAGUACAAUCGCCUCCGAUGACCAGCACAGAACAGACAGAAUGAAACGAGGAGGAGCCUUGCCUUUCUUGAAGCAAAUAUACAUAUCUGAGAUAUUUUUUGAGAUAAUAAAAUUAUUUGCAUUACAUGAAAAAUUAGUCAUUAAUGACGUCAUACUAUAGCUUUAGCCGCCUUCAUUUCGCUCUUUGACCUUCUCUUGAUUAUCAAAGCUAUAAGACACACGCCGAUCCUCAUGGGAAGUGUGUUGGGAUGAAUUCUGGGAUUUUCGUCUGUAUGUUACUGUACUGCUGACAGUAGGGAAACUACCCAAAGAGGUUUAUUUGCACUAAAAUGGAAUCUUUGUGUUGUGAAAUAUUGUCUUGUUCAUUAGUCACCAAUGAUGAUGAUUGUAAAUCCUCAAUUUCUUCAAAAACUCUUUGCAUCAUGAAUAUUAAUACUUCGCUGAAUUUUGUAUGUAAAAAGGUCAAGCUGCCUUAGUUUAUUUUUAAUUUUUUUUGCAACUGUUCUCAGGAAAUCUUGAGCCAUGCACUAAGUGGUUAUGCAAAUGUUUGGUGAAUAUUAAUUUAUUGUAUAUAUUUGUGCUUGGAAAUAUGAACGCCCUGUUAUUAAGUAAAGUUCCUGUACGUCUGUCUCUCCAAAGACGUUGUUUAUUCCUUGAUGUGAUCGAGUUAAAAAGCAAAGCAGUGGUUCUGUUAGUGAUUCGGGUGACGGGACGAGGCUCCUGGUCAAAGCCUUUAAUCAGGGAUCUGUUUUCUGUUCAUAGAGUGAAUCUUUCUCCGUGAUGGCAAAUAAUUUCUCAUGUUGUACAAAUAAAGAGCAAAUAAACAAAGAUUUAUGUUCAAAUAGA